GAAUUAACUCAAAAUAAAAAAAGCAAAGAAAUACAAAAAGCUUUAAUGUUUUACAAUAAUUGAAUAAUAAUAAAACGCGGGGACAUAUACUCGUAUAACCACACGACGCCUCCGAUCGCCAACAUGUAUACAAGAAUCCUGUUUUUCCACACACACACACUCCAGCACCUGGCGCGAAGAAGAAAUUAGAAAAGAAGAGAAAGAUAUGACUCGAAUGAUUUAUCACCGCUGCGUCUACGUCACAAGCGCUGCAGCCGAUUCGGGAUGGGCGCUGCUGCAAAAGUGGUAUGUUACAACAGCAGGGCAGCAGCACACACCCAUAAUAACCCUCGAUCGUUUCCCCCGAUACCCUGCGUGACCAUCUUCACCAAGGAUUGGCACCACAGGAUUGGUCUCCGAGACAUUAAAAAAAGAAGCCCAUUUCGUUACAUUUGGAAAUUGAGGUCGUCGUCGGUCGACAGCCAGCCAGAGAAGAGAACACACACAAUAGAGAAAGAGAGAUUUUUACGUUCAUGAUCUUCUCUGUGUGUGUUGGUCCUCUUCUUUAUCCCUCUCGUUCAUUCCUCCUUUCUCUUUUUCUUCUUCACGGCAAAAAGAGAAGAGAGAAAAAAGGAAAGAAAAUGAAGAGAAUAUCAGAGACUUCCUUAUGCGGAAGGGAAUUGAAAUCUGAAUGCUCGGCGCCUGAAGCGCUCAACCCUGACGUCAUCUCUCCAAGUCACGUGAUAGCGGUCGAAUAGACACAAGGGUGCACACAUAUACCGAGAAAGAAAGAAGAAGAAAAUACAAAAAAAAUAAAAAAAUAACCCACCCACUAAGCGCGAGAAACACACGGAGAGAGAGAAAAGAGACGGGAGAGUCGAGCUUGUUCAUUGCUCCAGCCGAAGCUGGACGGAACACUCCGGUCCGAGAGUCUCGUUUCCAGUAGUAGUGAAAAGUUAGUCGAUGAGAGUCAAACUGCUGCGGCCUGCUGCUAUCCAAUAAUAACGAAGAAAUCCAAACAAGUUGAUUAUUAUUAUUUGAAAUAACAAUCGCCAUGUCGUACGUCAGCGGCGAACCACGUCAUCCUCCCGUAGUCUCCAGCGUGUGCACGGAUCACGGCAUCUACUCCGGCACGCUGGUGGAUCCCAUCUCGGCCAACAACAUGGAGCACCAGGGAAGUCAGCAUCGACGCAACAGCGCUUCCUCUUCGUCGUCGUCUGUGACGGAUACGAGCGAUCCGGCGGUCCGUCGCGUCGUCUACAAUUUGUACCGCGGCCUGCUGGGCACCUACAACGAUAAAGCCAACGACAUCAUCAGCACCAUGCCGCCAGAGAUGGUCCGCGAAGAUCAAGGCAUUGAGAAACAGAUCGAGAGCAUGAUAAGACAAUCGGAAGAAAUCAAGAGCGGCGUUGGCCGCAAAAGUAGCAGUGGAAACAUCGCCCCGUUUCAAGGCGGAGAGAAAAGCGGUGUCCGUUCGUCUCCAGCACCAACUAAAAUCAAUCAGCCUUUAGAAAUAAGUAACAUGGACGCACCUGCCUUCCAGGAUGGCGGAGCUUCAGUUCAAAUGGCGGCAGGCCUACCACCUCCACCACCGCCACCUCCUCCUCCUCCGCCGCCUAUGCCCAGUCACGUAAUGCCAGCCAUUAAAAUCAAUUCAGAGGUGGGAGGUGGCUCGAAUUCGUUGGGGAAAGCAGGUGGAGGAGGCAAGCACUUGCCAGGCGGGGGAGCGCCAUUCAGUUACAUCCCGCCGUCCGCCAUUCAAAACGCCAUGAUGACCAAAGACAAGAAGCCGUUCACUUACACUCCAGGCGGCAUUGACUUUUUGGCCGAAAUCCGCUCGCCGCGCAUGCAGCGUCGCAUAUCCAAGAACGCGGCCGACGAAGGGGUCGCCAGCCAUCCCCAGCAUCAUCCGACCAACAAUCCCGCAGGAUCGUCGCCUAAGCCCAACCAAUUGAGUCCUCAAGCUCUGAUGGCGAUGCAGCCCCAAAUGGCGGUGCCCGUUUUCCCGCCGACCCCGCAGCAAAUGCCCGUCCUUCACCCACCCGUCGUCCAUCAUUCGCCAGUGACUUCGCCGACGCCGGCGGCCAACGUCGCCGCAUCUCCUUUGCCUCCACCACCGCCGCCGAUGCAACACAACUCGUACCAGCAGCAGCCGAGCGUCGAGCCUCAGCCGAUGCGAAUCAAUUUGAAGCCGGCCGUGCCACAGUUUCUGCAGUCGCAACCGCCAAGCCAGCAGUCGCCCGAGCAGAUGUUUGAGGAGAUAAUGAACUCGUUGACGGCCAGAAACGCUAAUAGCAGCCAGCCAAGCCAGGUUCACAAUCCGUCUACUCCGGCACAACCGUCGGCGGCGGCUUCUGUUCCAGCGGCAGUGCCGUUCGUCGAGCGCCGUAACGCCCAGGUCGGAUCACUUUACAUCCCGCCGGUCAAUAAUAAUAAUAAUAGCAGCGCUGGGGGAUCGAAUACCAGCAGCAACAACAACGGACAUUACAAUCCCAGCAGCGGACCGAUAUCUCCGCUGGCCACGGCUCAAUUGGCCAAGGCGCCAAUGCCGUGGAUGAAUUCACAGAACCGAACUUCCAAUUCUCCGACUCCACCAUUCGUUCACCAACAACAGGAGCGAGUCAUCCCCGUCGAGAGAGAAGAGGAAAUCAAAUCGGCGGCGGUGCCAGUCAAUGUGCUGGGUUCGACUUCCGGCAAUAAUAACGCCCGUUUGGUUCCUAUCAUGGUGGAAGGAGGUCGCACGGGAGCCGCUACGGCGGUGGCUCCUCCAACUCCGCAAAGAAGCUCGUCCGUUAGAGACGAAACCGUCCAUCCGCCUUGGCAUAAUGCUCCGGAAAAAGUUAUUCCUAUUUACAUGAUGGAGAUGGUCGGUCCCGGAGUUUGUGUUACUCCAUCCUCGUCCGUUCAGAGGCAGCAGCAACCAGACUACCAGCAACUACCACAGCAACAGCAACAGCAACAACAACAACAACAACAGCAAGCCCCCUGGCGAACGCAAGCAGCCGCCAACGCCAACCAAAUCGCUUCCAUGAUGGAAGAAUUGAUGAUGUCACCAACCAGUAACCAACAGCAGGAUCAAUAUCGUGAUUCGUCGUCGACUCCGAUGAUGGUCGGAACGCACAUGCGACCAAUGAGCGUUGAGCCGUCGCGAGGCCAGCCGACUCAGUCGCGUUCUUUCAGGAUCUUGCAAAUGAUCCACGACCCGGCCGACGAUUCGGUGGAGGCUGAAGCGGAACCAACCGAGAGCUCCGGGCGCUUGUCGCGAUCUUCGGUCGGCAGCAACAACAGUGGCGGCCCUAGCGGCGGACGCGUCUCGCAGCAAUCGGGACCACCGCCGCCGGGUGAACGUCGCUUGAAUUUGACUCAGGAUGAUCGUGAACUCAUGGACAUGUUCCGAUCGCAAGUGAACGAAGAGCAAUCACUGCACCAGGAAGUCGAUCCCCGCUACCGCGGCUCGCACAUUCCAUCGCGAGCCUUCCGCAUUUUGCAGAAUUUCACCGCCGACGCCGAUGCAAAUCAACAGCAACAGCAGAUGAAACCCCCUCAAAUGAACAAUCCAGCACCGUCCAGCUCGCAAGGUGCAGGAAUAAGCGACAGACAGCGGGGACCACCCAGCAGCCAGAGCGAACCCGAACCUAAGAAAUACAUGGGUGGAAAUAUCCCGUCCAGAUCCUUUCGAAUGCUGCAAGCCAUGACAGCUCUAGAUCCAAAUGCUGACAUGGAAAGUGUCUUCAUGACCUCAAACAAUCCAGAAUUGGUCGCAAGGAGUGAUUCAAAUAGCUUCGUAGAAAAUACUGUGACCUCCCUCGCCAGCGAGGCGAGACUCGAGCCGCCGAAAAUGAUGAACGGAUUUGUAGAAGAGAAGAGCGACGACGAAGGACGGACAGCUGUCAGCUCGAGCUCAAACCCGGCAGCAGCUCCGUCCAUCCUGAUCGAUAAAUACGAAGAGGAAGAAUCGAACCCCAAUCCAGCACUGGCAGAAACCGAUUACCAGUCGGACGUCAACAGCAGCAGCGGUCAAUUUGCUUUGACAAAUAAUAACAGCGGCGCUGCCGAAAUCAAACGCAACAGCGAUCAAGACGUUGACACGGAAUCGUCGGAAGUGACCCACCAUCACAGCCGACUCCUGCGUCUCUUAAGCGGCGACCUAGGAGGUGUCGAAAGUGUCGGUGGUGGCGACGCCUUGUCGGCUCCCACUUCGACGCCGUCAGCCUCUGAGACGGAGGCCAACGUUUUGCCCCCAAAUCUGCCGGGCGUGCGGUUGCGCAUCCGCUCGCUGCGUGCAAAAGACCGCAUCCCCUCACGCGUCUUCCGCUCGCUGCAGCACGAGUUCGAUUCCAGCACCGAGGACAUCGCCCAGGCCGUCGUCUCGUCACCUCCGCCGCUGUCGCCCAAUCAAAACGGCCCAUUGACAAAUUCGGGAUUCAUCGGCUACUCGGGUUUCUUCCGUUAUUCGCGCCUCUACGCCUCCGUCACGCCCGAAACUCCCUCGUCGGCCACCUCCGAAUUGGAGGGCUUCUUCUCACAUCAUCAAAAUCUUCUUCAUUGAGUAUUAGAGAGAGACAGAGAGAGAUGCGCUAUAAAUCAUAAUGUGGAAUCAUCAGGACAGUGCUGCUGGCGGCCAGCCAGAAUUUGGUUCAAAAUAAGGAAACGGAUAUGGUCGGCCAAGUGUCCAGCAAAAGACGGUAAAUCAGACCUCUGAAAAAAAUCGUCGAAGAAUUGUCGUUUAGACCACACAAAUUCGCCACAGUAUCGACCCGACGGCGUGACUGGACAUGGAUACAUCAUUUCUUUCCUUUCGACUAUUUCGCGUGCCUUCAUUAUUACUGAACUAAUCAACUUUGAAUGUUCCUGUCAUCAGCCCGAGACUCUAUAUUAUCUUUAAUAAAGAUAUAUAAAGAUUCUUUAUAUAUCGCGUCUUUUCACUCGGAAGCAUUUUCACAUCGGAUCGGGUUUUUCAGUCGAUUGUCUUUUUAUAAUUUUUUUUGACACAUCAACACACUCUUCACUUAUAAUUUGUAAUAUGAAAUCGUUACAUGAAAUCUAGAUAUCAUCUUUUUUUUGGGGUGUGAAUUAUCAGUUACCAUUUUCCCAUUUUCUAGAAAAAAAAAUUAACUUUAUACUUUUCGUUAAAACGUGAUUUACUUAUAAGCAAAAAAGCAACAACAUAAAUUUGGUUGACGCAAUCUCUUUAUUGGUAUGUAGUUUGAAUCACUCUUUUUACAGCGCACGUAUAUAUGGAGUGGUGACGAUCAACGAAUUCUUUGCAUAUAAAAUAUUGCUUUUCUUUGUAAUGAAUCACAGGCUUGUACAAUAAAAUCAUCGUUUGGGUUGCA